AUGAAUAAUUCCAGUUACAAUAAUUUAUUAAUUAGUCUUCGUGAAAGACCGAUUUUGACUUAUUUAUUUACUGGUAUCUUUGCCUUGGGAUUAAUUGGUAAUUGCUUGGUAGUUGCGGUGAUUGCAUGCCAAAAGCGAUAUCGUACAUCGACCUAUAUUUUAAUAGCUAGUAUGGCUACUUCAGACGCUUUUGGUUGCACAUGUCUAAUCGUUUAUACAACCAUGGGAAUCAUUCUAUUACAUCCUAACGAUUUCACCUUAGUUGGGAAAGAAAUUUUCUGCGAUUUCUUUGGUGUUACCAUUUAUGCAAGUUAUUAUAUUUCGACCCAUAUAUUAGUCAUAAUGAGUGUUGAUCGAUAUUUCGUUUUUGUUAAAAUACCGUAUCAAGCUUUACUGUAUAAUUCAUUUCGCCUUCGACUAGCAAUUAUUCUAAGUUGGGUAACUGGUUUGUUGGUUGUAUUGCCACAAAUUUACACCGGAGGUAUUGAUCCACGAUUUCCUUAUAUUUGCGAUGCUAUCAAUGGACAUUCGCUUACAGGGCAAAUCUAUUUCAUUUCGAUCGUCGUGUUUGAAGAAAUUUUACCUGCAAUUAUCAUCAUCUACGCCUAUAGCCACGUUGUGAAAGCAAUUAAUGAAUCUAGUGCUACUAUGCAACAUUCAUCCGCAAAUAAUAUGAAUGCUGGCAACUUGCAAAAACGCCAGUUUGCUGUACGAAAAAUUAUUGUCAUUACUACUUUGUUUCUCAUUUUAACAGGCAUUGUCCAUAUAACUCGAUUAGUGGUGUCAUUAACGGAUGCAACAGUUAUUCACUUAUACAUGAGAAAUGAAAAUAGUUUAGCAUCGAUUAUUAAUAUAUUCUAUGGUAUUGCUUUCUUACAACCAGUUGUCAAUCCAAUUGUGUUUUGCCUCAUGAGUAAAACUUUUUGUCAAAAGAUAUUAAGAACUUCGAAAGAAAAACCCUCUAUGGUUCCAGCAAUUUCUUUAACUUACGUUAGUAACAAUUAA